AUGGAAGAACUACGGAGUACUACAACUGUCAAUAAAGUCGAUGUAUGCACUGCAUGCAGUAGGAAGGCUCAGCUUUACUACCCAGUGUCUAAAGUAUGGCAACGGUCUGCCCGACCUCAUGCGUUGCUUAAGAAACACGCCCUACUAUGUGGCGGUGCGUCCUCUGUAGCAUACUGCGCCUUCCAUCACAUGCAUCACGUGGCAAUCCUGCCUAAACGGGCUAUUUGUUUGGCCUAUACCAUUACUUCUACUUUGAUUGACAUAACUGCUCUUAGUCUCAUGCUACUUUCCCCCUUUACGGAUGAGCAACAUCAUGAAGGUUACUGGGAACACAAUAGACACAACAACGCUCUACAUCGCCGCUUAAUUGAUGGAUGCGGCAAUUGUCCGAACGGACACCUGCAGGCCUACAGCCGCAACAACCCAUGCGUCGGCGGGAGAGCUCUCGGAUACGAGGUGGUCAGGCUCACUAGAGAUGCUCAUCCGCUACGAAAUCCAAUUAUAUCGCGUGGCCAACUCAUCCCAAGCCAGAGAAAUUUUGCCUAUGAAGAUGGUCAUGCGCCUAAGUACGGUCUCGGCAAACGUGCAUAUGGCUGUGCUGUGCUACUACAGCUCAUAUUUAGAGACCCUUGUUGUUCCAAAUCUGCGCCAGCGGCACGCCCGCGAAGUUCGGUCUCACCAAAUAAAGAUUUGUAUGCAGCCAUAUUGUAUGGCGCUUUGAUCUUCUGGCCGAUUAACGCUUAUAUUCUUACCCGAGCAGCAACGAAUAAUCCCGACAUCACGCCAAGUAGACGCAAAGGGUAUAAAUACAAAGACGAUGCAGGAGUCAACGGUCCUUCCUAG